CUCCUACUCCUCCUCCUCUUUCACUCCUUUCACUUUCAUUUACAAGGAAGAGCCAGUGUCGGGGGAAGGAAGAAGAGAGACAAAAUGGCAGGCGGCGAAGAGCCCAUGGAUUAUGAGAACUCUAAUUAUUCAUCCUUUCUUGACCAUCAGAGCACCACUGAUACAAACGACAUAAACCCACAAAGUCCAAUCCUUCGUGGUGCUCAGGUUGGGAUGACUUCACCACAUGAUGACGGUGAAGUUUUUCUUACUCUGUCAUUCAAGUGGUUAGAGCCUGAUCGACCACAGAAAAUAAAAAAGGAGCUAGAGCGACUGCUUCAGAGUUGGUUCAACAAUAACAUAACUUCUGUGAACUGUGAAGUUAAGAAGACUGUAGGACACACAAGGGCUUUGAUAAAGCUUCAACCCGUUCCAGGCCUGAGUGUGCUUCAAAAGCUGAUUGGACAGACACUGAAAGACAAGAAAGACAACAACAAUAAGGUCACCAUAAUGUCUCUUAGUCUGACUUCACUUGAUCAGGACACACAAAUACCCGAGGAUGCUUCAGUUAAUCUCCGCUCUUCAAGUCCACAGCCACAAGCUGAGGCCGUACAACAGGCAGAAUGCAGUAGUGCAGUUUCGACAGCACAAGAAGACAAGACACAUUCUUGUCUUAUCGCAGUGAGUCAAUUCCUGUACGUGAACCAAAUCUACGAGGAGGAACUUGAACAUAUACAAAAAAAUAACAGAGUUAAAAUGAGAACAGAGGUGAAGGUGACAUUUCACGAAGACCAGACAGAUGGAAGCCCACAGAAAGCUGAGGCUGAGUUCACAAACCUUGUCCAGAAAUGCUUACCUGAUUGCAAUGGCUCCGUUGUUCCUCUCAAGUUCAUAGAUCAAGAUAACUGGAGUGAUGCACUGAACAUCAUCCAGAAAAACAAGAACAGGCUUUUGCUUACUCUGUCGCCUGAAGUACUUACUGUAUGUGGACCCAGCCAGUAUCGAGAUGCUGUUUGCAAGCUCUUAAAUGCAACACAGAAUACAAAUGCAAAUGCGUCUCUUAAAGAGUUUCAAGGCUUGUCUCAAGAGACAUUCCAGAAGAUACAUAUGACCAUCAAAGACCCUCUCGUCAAUGAUGGACUAACCAUGGAGGAGAGCUGCUGGAAGCACAUGAAUACUGCUUUUACUGAGCAACUACACAAGAUUAAGUCCAAGUUUGAUGUGGACUUGAAAACAUCAGUCAUCGGUCAAGGCAAAGUUGAUGUUAAAGCUUGCUACAAAAGAGCCGGAGGAAACAAUUCCAUGGAGAGUCACGCUAUCAGAGCUCUUCUCCGUCUGUACCAGAAGAUUUCCACCUCACCCAUGGGUUUCAACUCACACCAAAUUUCCACAGGGUUCAAUGGGUCACUGGGGAAGCUGGGCAGUGACUAUCAGGCAGACAGGCCUCAGUCAGAAUACAGUAGUGACAGUGCUGAAGUACGCAUGGCAGGGGGAGCAACAGCAGCAGACAAAGACGAAUGCUGUCCAAUAUGUAUGGAUAUGUUUACCAAUAAGAAACAGCUGAAGUGCAAACAUGAAUUCUGUGAAGAAUGCCUGCAAAGGUCUGAGAAGUCACUGGGGCCCACCUGUCCUGUAUGCAAAGACGUCUAUGGUGUGAUCAAGGGUGACCAGCCAGAUGGAACAAUGACAACAAAGAUUUAUUCCACUUCCCUCCCUGGAUUCCCAGACUGUGGUACUAUAGUUAUCACUUACGACAUCCAUGGUGGAAAGCAGACGGAAAAACAUCCCAAACCUGGACAUUUCUAUUCAGGUAUCACUAGACAAGCAUAUCUGCCAGACAACAAAGAAGGAAAAGAAGUGCUGCAGCUGUUGAGAAGAGCUUUUGAGCAAAGGCUCAUUUUCACUGUUGGUACAUCCAGAACUACUGGGAUGGAUGAUCAGGUGACCUGGAACGACAUUCAUCACAAGACAUCGAUGGUGGGAGGACCACAAGGGUUUGGAUAUCCUGACCCCGACUACCUGAGCAGAGUGAAGGAUGAGCUGAAGGCCAAAGGCAUCAAGUGAAAACUUAGACUAGAUGAAUAAUACAGCCUAAACGGAAAAGAAAUGAUCGUGUAAAACAGGCUUUACUUUUUUUCCCUCUAGUGUUUCAAAGUAUACUCUAUAAGCAUACUGUUAUUUCUUUAAUGAAGUAUAUGGAAGCAUUUUUGUUGAUUAGCAGAUCAAAUAAUGUCUACAGCACAUUACUCAAUAUAUGCUUAAAAUAAUACUGACUUAAUGGAAUGGAGACUGAAGCAACAGAUAACGCAACAGACCCAUGCAGAUCGUUCCCUUCCUUACAUGUAAUCAUGCAUCCUCUGAUUCUCUUGUUUCCUUUUAAGUUUGCAUAGAGCUCGUGGCUAUAUAGAUAAUGGGUAUGUGGAAAAGUCUAAAUUUAAGUUUCAUUCAUUAAUUUUUUUGUCAUUUGUUUUGGACUCUCAAAAGAACAUAAUAUGUACUGCAUAUGUAAUUGCAUCACCUGCAAAUGUAGUAGUUCAUAUUUGUGCAUUUAACAAUUUCAGCAUGAUCGCUAUAAUAAAACCUUGACUGUGA